AUGGAUACUGAAGAUCAACUAAUAUCAAGAAGACUAUCAAUAUCAGCAUUAAUACAAAUGGAAUAUGUUUAUGAAGAUAAUUCACCAAUUUUAUUACUUAUCGAAUGUAUGUAUUUACCUAAACAAAAUGACCCAACAUUGAUAAAAACUAUUUUUUCGAUGAGACACAAUGUAUACAUGGAAGGCAUUGAAAACGAAAUUAAAGACUUUUAUCAAUAUAAUUUAUUCGAUAAAAAUGAUGUUAAUCAUGUUAAUAAUCGAAACAUACAAGAUGAAUUUAAGAAUUAUUACAAUACAACCUAUCCAACGUCACCAGAUAUUAAACUUAAAUCAAAUGAAACUUAUUCUCUUCAAUUUGCCAUAUUCAAUACAUUCAAUGAAUGGUUAAAUGAACGUUUUACACUUGAAAACUUUGGUUGA